CACGCCCUAGCCCUCUCGAUCACAUACGCGCGUAGCUAAUUAAGUCACGGUACGCAUCACGUGAUAAUCAUCAAAAAACUCCCACGCGUAAUAAUAGCCUGCGCCGCUUUUUCUUUUCCUCCGCACUGGGCAUGGGAGAGUAAGAUACAAGGGAAUUGCGGCCGAAGUGCAGGCGUGAUUACUUAGCUGCGCGUUCGGCUUCGCGCGCACCGUUGCGUCAACAGAGCACUGUGAACCAAGUGUACGUAUAUAACACAGCUUGCGGUCAGGUCGACUUUUAUCCAUGGAGAGCCAUGAUUCAAAGUACAGUAUAGUUCAUCGAGAACAGAAUUGCUGACUGUGUAUAUACGUGCGUCUCGGGUGAAUGGUUCACACACAUUCUUUCGCUAUUUAUGGUAAAAACUAUUGUUUUUCCAAGAGGAAACGGACUAUGACUUUCGCCGCGUUUCUCCUAGCUCUACUGAUCGUCCAAGAGGCCCGUGCUAGGGGUGAAGACUGUGAUAACGGACUCGCACCAGACUAUACCAGGGUAGUUUGUGACAUUAUCGGAGAUGAGAGUGGGUGUUCGAGCGUGGAGUACUUACAACCUGAUAGAUCUUGCAUCAACCGGAACAGCUCCAGCGACUGCCUGGUCUCGGCGGGACUGGAACUCUACGUGACCUGCUGUAAUGACGAUUUGGUAUUGUUUAGAAAUGGACAGAACCUCAGCAGCCACACGGUAUCUUGGACAUUCGCUACAUCUUUCGAGAGCGGUUUGUACGAGUGCAGAUGGAGAGGCAACGGAACUUCAUUCGCCAACCGCUCCGUCGUUGUAGACGGGACGGUGUACGUGAUACCUGGUGACCUGAUUUUCAACCAGGACUGCGAGCGAAGAAUAGCUGGUGACUUCAACUGCAGUGUGGCUCGGAGUUACAAGUAUUAUGGCGUAAAAGACGGAUACACUCUUCACGAUAUUCAGUUCAAUGUGCUGGGAGCUCGACCCAUAUCUCUCAGUCUGGAGAUGAUAUGGGUGGACCACUACCCUGUGGAGCUUGACCUCUCCCUCAGCAAUGACACUGCACUCAAUAACACCAUCUCUCAUACUGCAACGGUGGAGUCUCAUAACCUAGUAUUUGUGGGGCGUGCGUCGACACGAGCUUAUGUGGUUGUCACAGGAACCACUUCAAAUCGCUCUUCUUCCAUGUGUGUCUCCAUUACGUUUAGUGGAGAGGUCAUCCUACUCCCAAAUGAAAGUCUUCCAGCUCAUCUCACUGUUGUUGAGGGCCAGAGAGCUGACUUUCACUGCGAUGCCCACACAACACAACUAACAGUACCUGCCUUCACUGUGUCUUUCCUGGUAAAGCUACCCUCUUCAAACAUCGCACAGUGUUCAAACCACACCUUCUCUCGAUCUCAAGCUUUGAUAAUGAACUCUGCUGUGAAGGACAGAAGCUGCUCGGGUCUGGUUUUCACGGAGUCGUACUCGGGUGACUCCCAUUUGCAAGACCGUACCAACCACCUGACUGCCAGCUGGCCCAGUGUCAACCUCUCCAUGUCUGGAGCAGAGGUGGUCUGUGCUCAGGCCUCUAGUGGUAUCACUCAGUGGGCCAGAACAGCAACACUCACUGUCCUACCUGCCUCGUCCACCUCAGCUAUUAUGCUCCCUGUCUCUCCAACUGUUGCAAUGCCUUUGAUCCACCUGGCAUCUCCAGACUCAGUUCAUUGGCAGCCCUCUCUGUCCUGCUUGUUGGGGGAGUUAUUCUAUUAGUCAUCCUACUCUGGUGGAGAUACAGACGACAGGCAGUGACCAAUACUAAUCGACUGGGACUGGAACAAAUGCCUCUGACCUUGCCCUCCCUCCCAUCCAGUUCCUGCACCUCUCCAACUCUACCAAACUUUCAGUUUUUCCCCUCCUCUACAAUCAACCAGGACCAGCUACUUCAGAAGGCUGAUGAACUUAACUUUUUUCCAUCCUCGUAUGAAGUGUGUGUCUACGUGAGCUACUCUAAUUCCCAGGCAGACUGGGUCCAGGGAACACUGCUCCCUCUGCUUCACUCCUUCCAACCAAUCAGAGUCACCGACCACGAAGCUCACAUGAUCCCAGGAGGUGUGGUCUCUGAGGAGAGACUCCGCCUACUGCAGUCGGCUGAUAAAGUGGUGGCCGUCAUAGCCCUAGACUACCAGCUGACUGAGUGGUGCAACUAUGAGCUCCAGCACGUGCUACAGCAGUCGUCAACGGGAGGGGCAGGACUACUUAUCCCCAUACUGUGUGGUGGGUGCAGAGAACUCCCGUCCACCAUCUCAACCCUCCAUCCCCUCUCUCUGGAGGACCCCAACUGGACACACAAACUCAGGAUCGCACUCCGCAGAAAACACCCUGCAACAAACAGUGUCUAGCUGCCAAUGAAUACUAUAGCAUUCAUGAAACUCCCAUGCCAAUUGUAUAGUCAGAGUGGGAGGGUCUCUUUCAUCCCUGAUCCAAGCUUACCUGCAGUGUAAUACUGUAAUUCCCAGAAAACUUGUUCUAUUCUGGUUUACAAUGAGGG